AUGGCCGUCAUUUUGGACAAGCGAGGCGGCGAUGUUCCAUUAACAGAGGAAGUAAUCGAGUCUCUGUUAGAGAACUCCUGGGCUGGAUAUGACCUCAUGAAUGUCCUAGUCCAGCAGCAAGGAGAUGAUAAUCAGACGACUGCAAGCUUGGUCCAAAAGCAGUGGCGUUCUUAUUUGAGGUAUGAGCAAGUGCAGCCGUUUCUUAAGCAGCACCCUAUCACGCGAAGAAUGAUGAUGGCCGGCGCGAGAAACAUUUAUCAAUGGAAGGGAGUCGUAGAGUUGCUUAUAAAAUACAGAAGAGAUGAGUUCCUUGCCAUAUCGAACGAUGAGCAUGAAAACUUUGGAGAUGAUCGGGGUCGUUUUCAACCUUGGCGGGCUGUGGACCUCAUUCGGCGGCUUGAUCAAGCUCGGGCAGGACAUUGA